CUUUUAAAGCGAUUGCACCAGCCCUCCAGGUUCCAUUUUGAGGCCUCUUAACUAAGCAGUGGGGGAAGGGCAGCAUAGGCCUCACUCUCACACACAAACACAUGGUUGAGAGAGCAAAGUCAUCCCAGGGAAACAGACAACAUUAAGAAACUAGCUUAAAUCAAUUGUCUGAACGACUACUACACGUUUUGUUUAUAAAUGACCUCUGAAGAUUGUUUUGGCUACUCUGUGCCUGGCUCGAAUGAAAAGCACAGAAGGGCUCGUAACUGGACGGAUUCCGAGAUGAAAGCUCUUGUGUACAUCUGGGAAGAGUAUGUGACAGAGCUCAAGAAGGCUAAACGCAAUGCUAAGAUAUAUGAGACAAUGGCUAAGCAACUUUACGAAUUAACCGGGGAACAGCGACACAGAGAGGAAAUCAAGAUGAAGAUCACCAACAUGACUUUCCAAUACAGGCAAAUGAAGUACACUGCAAAUGGUGGAAAUGGUUCAUCUGAUUGGCCAUACUACAAAUCUAUUGAGAGGAUAUUGUCAAAGGUACCAGAGCAUUGCCAUAUAAGCCCACCAAACCUCCCAACUGCUGGCCCGUCAACUUCCCAACUUGAAUCUUCUGUGCCUCAGUCAGCUCCACCAAGUGGGUUUUUACCCGAGUACACUGGUUCCUCAGAGGAUAAAGACAAUGAUGACGUAGAAGGGCUGACAGAGGACUCCGGAAGUUCUUUUGAGACCAGGUCACAGCCACGUAGGAGGCGGAGACUGUCUCAUGCGUCACUACGGCGAAAGAAGCUGCACAUCUUGGACGCAAUGCUGCAUGAACAUCGCAAAAUCGGUCGUACGGUAGAGGAGGCGUGUCAUGAGGUUCGCCGUGUUAUGCAUCAGCAGAACUUCCUGCAGGUGCAGAGCCUUCAGCUUCAGGAACGAAUGAUGAACCUCUUGGAAAAGAUGAUCCCUGCUGUUACUCACCCUGUCCUUUCUUGGCCUAACCCACCUGCCACAAAGGGUUUAGGAACACCCACACCUGAGUCAUAGAACCUCAGAUAUACCGUAGAAUAAGAAUAAUGAUUUUUUUUGCAGAGGAAGUGUUACUCCGAACAAUUUGGAGGGAUAGUGCGGCAAAAAAAACUCAUGAUAAAUGCUGCGUUCAAGACACCUUGGAAGUGGGAUAUAUACCACCACAAACGCAGAAGUAACGUCUGGAUUUAGCCUUAAAACAUUAAUAUUACUAAUGUUUUAGUAGCAUUAAAACAUUACAAGUAUCUGUUAACGUUAAAAAAGCACCAUUCCAUAUUUCUGAGAGCAUGUGAAGGCAGCAUUGCUCACACUACUGUUAUUCCACCCUGUUGACUUUGUUCUACACACAAAAGAAGGUUUUUUUCAUAAGCAAAAGACAUUUGCACUACUUCCAAUUUGUGGACACAAAACACUAAGACAUUUCUCAUAUUUUUUUAUGUAUCUCAGAGAAAACAGUUAUGAAGGUUUUAAACGACAAAAGAAUAAAUGACGACAGAUUUUUUAGCAAACUAUCCCUUCAAUGCAAUAUUCUAAAUUGAUGUAUUAGUUGCCUACAGUUUGUCCUCCAGUUGUAAACAAUGUAAUAAAGGUCAUCAUGGUCAACAGAUAAUUUAGGAAUUCCGGAACUUUUUCUGACAAGGAUUUAGAAUACAAUGUUAGCAUUUUUAACAUUUAAAAUAUAAAACGUUAUAGUAGUUUAAUAUAAUUGAGUACCUAUAACAUGUAAAUAAAUGUAACUAAAUGAAUAAUGGUUUUUAUAGCCGUUCAUAGAAAACAUUCAGAUAAAUUAAACCUGACUGGCACCCAAACAUUAUAAUGGUUAAUGCACCACAUGCACUUUAAUUCUUCUUAAUGUGGAAAAGACGGUUAAUCCAUUGUGCAGUGCUGGAAAAUUUGGACUUGAAAAUGCGUUAGGGUUCAGUGACCGGGGUGUGUGCUGGAAAUGUGUGUGCUUGUUCAUGGAUA